CACAUCCUCACAUCCCCCUGCAUUCUGCAUUUAAGCAUCUCUCAUCCACUCCCCUUUUUCAUCAACUUUUCGGUUUCUCCUUGACUCACUCCAGCCCAGGAAAUUUCCACAUUAGCCCCUCCUUCAUAUACCAGCAUUAUAGAAAAUGGCCCGCACCUUCUUCAACAUCAGCGCCAUCGUGUUCAUCGCCAGUGUAGUCGUGGCCACAGACGCCCCCAAGCCUGCAUCCACUGCCCCGCAAGGCCAGUUCGGCAUGAUGCUGUUCGAUUGCGGCGGCAAUGCCUACGACUGCUGCGGCUUCGGCGACGAGGACUGCACAUGCAAAUGCAAGUGCCGCCAGCCCGAGAUCACAGUGCAUGUUAUCCAGCCUCCACCCACGUACAUUUACGAUGUCACCCAGACCGCCCGCUACUACGAGCACUGUGAUUGCUGUGGACGCAGGUUCGUGUGUGGACCGACGUGCAUUCCGCAAGGCGAGGUGCUGGCGCCGGCUAACACUGGCCGCAAUGUGGCUAUUGCUGCUGCGUCGCCGGUUGCGCAAAAAGCUGGGCAUGCCAAGAAGCACACCACCCAUGAUGACAACUAAACAAAAAUUGACUUGCGCGCACAUUUACCUCCCACUCCUCGUGUUAGUUUAUUUUAUCGUACCGCCCUAAUGCCUCGUUAGUUACUUUCUCUAAUGCUGCCGAUAUAGAUGUCGGCAAUAACAUCCUUUAAUGCCUGCAAGUUCUUGCUGAAGCAAAGCUAUAUUCUGGAAUCUACACACAGCCCGCAGCCUAAAUCUCAAACCCCAAGGCAAUCAGGAACUUGGGCAGCCAUUUGAUUCUCUCUCUGACUCGUGGUGGAAUCGACUCGUCAAUCGGUAGCCCUUCAUAGACGACAUCGCCAAACCUGUAGGAGAUGGUCUGCUCGCGCUGGCG